AUGAAGGGCCUUCGGAGAGCUUCUAAAGAAGAAAAAGAGUUCUUAAUUGGCCUUGACCUAGAUUUUUGUCCGGAAAGUAUCAAAAAGUUUCAAGAUACGCCCGUAACCGAUAAUCGUACCAGGUGCUCGGUCCGAUACCAAAAUCCUCUCGAGUGGCUGCCCCAGGGCCUCGUCUGGACCUUCCAGGGUUCUUGUCAAGUUGGCCGCGGCUGUGAAGCGAUUUUCUGUAAGAAUUUGUACUCUGACCUGUUGUUGCUUCAAUCUUGCUUUUUCAGGAGGGUGGGUGGGAUAAUUUCCUAAAGAAAAAGCCAAAAGCUGGAAAAACGGAGGUAAACUUGAAAAAUCGCGCUCUCCCCGCCUGGCGUGGGUUACGGUACGGUGGAAUGAAAAAAAAGCCAGCAAAUAAAAAAAAAGACGCUAGGGAACUAAGUUGUUUGCCCAGUACACGCUUACGUCAGUUAUCUUCUUCUUCAUCUUUUCUUGCUGAAAGAAGUUCAAGUUUUUACGCUGACAUAAUAGGUGAAAACAAUAUUAAUAAGAAAAAAACAACAAUGUUAAAGUGUGAAAAUAUUCCGUUUUGAAAUACCCCUCUGUUUUUUUGAGAUAUUUUCUUCAUUGAGAGUCUUCAGUUUGGAUGAAUUUGCAGUGUCAAAUCCUAGUCCUGCUCAAUAAACUUGAAAUGAUUAUUCAGUUUGGAAAAAGAAAAUCAACUAACGGGAACGUGAACGACCAGUAGGAAAGUGACCAUUCUUCGAUCAAAGCACCACUUUCGUCGUUGCUCUGAAGUCUUUCCGAAGGUGACUAACCCGUCGAUUUCCUAAUCGAAGGGUUGCUUCCUUUUAGAUGAUCAUCAUCUUUUACCUCUUUCUUCUCGGCAUGGCCUCUGCGCAGUCGCCCUCCGAUCGACCACCAGGCAAUGAAACUAAAACGACUUUCCCAUUGAUCUACGCUUUCAGAUCUCUCUGCGGAAAUGUUCUGCAAAGCGAACAAAGGGAAGUUCACUCCCAACCCCAAAGAUGUAAAUAUUUUUGCGUUGUGAGUAAUGCAUCGAAUUUUUUGUAGUUCGACAAAUGCGUUGGAGCUUCCUUCUGGGUGCAAUCUUCGACUGACGUUAGUUCAGGUUGACUUUUCCUGUAAUUAACGUUUUUACUACAGAAGGAAGCCGAAGAAAUCUGCGAUUAUCUGGUCCCUUUUGAAGUUACAGACGCGGUCCCGGGCUAUCCGACUGAGUGCGACUUCGGUUCGAUUUUUUUUUAUCUUGUCUUUCAUCAUUAUAUAGUUGAUUCACGGCUGGCUUGAGCCAUCAAAAAAAAAGGGGUUUCUGACAAGAGAAGAGACAUUGCCUGGCUGGUCAAGAGCUCAGACAGGCCACGCCUCCUCAGCGUCUCAAGUUACAGCCAAUGGAUCCCAAUUUGAAAGGCGAGGGAGGGGAAGAAGUGUGCCGGAUGCGUAGCGUGUGCGUACGCGGUUCUUGGCACGAGUUCAAUUCAAGCGCCAGCGACUAUUUAGAGAGCUCGGUUAUCGCUCUUUAAGUUUUUUUUUUGAGUAUUUCUUGAUUCGUUUCGUCUCUGCGUUGAAAAAAAAUAGAAUAGAUACAAAAAAAGAGGUAACCGAGCUUUUUAAUUUUUCGGUGGCGCUUGAAUCGGACUCGUGCCAAGAACCGCGUAUGCACACGCUACGCUUCCCGCACACUUUUCUGCUUUUCUCGCCUUUCAAGUCCGGAAAAAUUGACUACAUAGGAGGGCUUCCGAUGUCGCCAAGGCUUUGUUUGUCCUCGCCUUUUAAGUCGGGAUGACAUAUCUAGAGAUCGUUCGUACUGAACAGAAAACGAUAGGUUUUAAAAUUCACAAAUCCAGAGUGGCCCCAUUUUGUAAAUCUUGCUUUCAGUGGUGUACAGCACCUGUCCUCCCUCGUGGUACCAAGCUAUCGGAUCGUGCUUCCGAAACGUUCCAGGACGGUACACGUUUGAUGAAGCUCGACAGAAGUGCUCAGAUAUUGACCCACACUCUAGUAUAGUCCUCAUCGGCAGUACCCGUCUUCAUACUCUUCUCAUCAGUACGAUCAAAGGAUGAAAUUGUUAAUUGAAACGGAACAACUUUAGAGCUCUUCCACACCAUCGACCGCGCCUGGGUCGACGUCGUAGCUCCCUACGGAGCCGUUGUAUCUCGUCGCCAUUAUCGGGACACCAAACACCAGUGGAAAGGUUCUCCAGGAUUAUUUGAAAAAUGAAAAACUUCUGCGUCCACGCUUACGUCGCUCAAUCAGAAAUUUACAGAUCCUCAACUAACAAUCGGUUCGGCUAUGGCGGAUGAGCAAAAGGAAGGGUCUAUUGUCUUGAGGGACGGAAAGAAGAGUCUAGCCUCGGUGAUUUGCUCUAGAAGCAUGAUCGCAUCGCCUGGAUGUUUUUCGCGCGAAUCUCAUCCUUGAUUAACUUUUUUGUUUUCAGACAACAGGCAUUGGAAGGAGAUUUUUGAUUACUUCAAAUUUUCACCUCCGACAGCGUCUGUUUAUCAUAUUUUCGCCUUCAAAAAAGGUCCUCCACUUUCAGAAAUCCGCUUACUUUGCCAAUGUCUUUCGCGAGCUACAAUCACUAUCAGUAAGCCUUUGACGAGCUCAGAAGAAGUUCAUUGAAUAAAUUAAAGUGUUGAAGCGGACGUGCGUCCGUAUACCAAAACCGACUUCAUGAGCGAGAAAUGCCAGGUUGAGAUACGUUUUCCGCAUCUAGUCAAUCAUUUUUCAGAAAAUCGCUUCAGCCUUCAUGCUGACGGGGGCCGGUUUCGCUUCAGCCUACCCAAGUUUUGCGAUCGCGGAACCAAAUGUAAAUUAGAAGGAAAAAUCUGCUUACUAGAUGUUCUUUUUUUUAGCCGUACGCUUCGUACGUUUUGACGCCACUGAGUUUUUCCCAUGAAAAUCAAUGUCAAAAGCAGGCAGUCCCCUUGUUAGUUUUGAAAUGCUGAUGAAAGUUGGAAACUGUGUGUCUGCAGGACGACUGAUAGCGGAUGCCAAUCUUUCAAUGGGAUCAGCUUGGAUUCUUGCUUCAUCGCAAGAAAUAGAAACGAGACGGUGAGUUUAAUUUUUUUUUCUCGUCUUCUUUUAGAUUAUACCAUUGAAUCAGUUGCACGGUGUCAAUGGAGCAACAUUCACGGCGUAUAGCGGGUGCGGCGAUCAGACGGCUGUCGUUGCAACUUCCAAAAAGUCUGUUUUUUUAUUAAUUUAUAAUAAUAAUACUAAUAGUAUAUUCAUUGCACACGAUGUUACAACAAAUAAUAAAAGGGUCCGUGUGUACCAGGGAUGCAUGAGACGAGGUUUUUCCAUCUCGAGACGAGAAAGUUUUUGGAAAAAAAUCUCGAAACGAAAUCGAGACUAUUCGAGAUGAAAAAAAAAAUCCGAAUUUUUGUUUCGAAAUAACCCUUUAAAACGACCAAAACUCAAAAAUGCGCGAGAAAUUCUCUUUAUUGAGAGAUACACUGCGUUCAAUAAGGAUAGGACCCCCCUCGAUUUCGGACCUUCUGGCAAAAUACGGAAAGAUAUCAAAAAUCUGUAAGUGCCAUUCGAUUCAGAGUACAAAACAACCCCCAGAGCCAAACUUUCAUUAUCCUAGCAUUCUUCCUACGAAAAUGCCAUCGAAAAAACGGCUUUUCGACCGUUCAAUAAGGAUAGGACCCCCUGGAAAUUUUGACUUUCAUUGGUGGUUUUUGAUCAAUUUCUUUUUUUGAUGAGUGGUUUUUUUGUUCUUAUAUCAUUUUUAUCAAGUUUUCUACGGUUUUACUUUCAUAUCUUCCAGGUUUGAAAAAUAUUUUAUAUCGAAAAUAGGGAAAAAAACCUUUUUUUUAGGUUGCAUCAAAAUAUUCGAGCGAGUGAUUUUUUCCAGUACUUUGAAUGAACUUAUCUGAUUAACAGAGACUUUUCAACAUUCAGAAAAACAAAAAGAAGAAUGAAAAACAUUACUUUAAAAGUUAGAAAACCAGUUACAAGAUGGUGUAUCGUGACCGAAUUUCAGACUGUCGUCGUUUUCGACCGUUUUUCUUACUGUAUGUAGUCGGGAUGGCGGUGAACUUUUUUUAAAGGAUUUGUGAAGGUACUAUCAACAUAUUUCAUCAACAAGAUAAUCUGAAAAAAAUUAUAUUUACCACGUACAAUGCCGAGAAAAAUGUGGAGAAAAAAAUUGGUACCCGCGCUCAUCGAAGGUAUUGUUUCAAAUAGAGCGUUUGGCGGGUUUUUUUAGUUUUUUUCAACUGAAUAAUACAAAAAAAAUGAAAACGUGCAAUAAAACAAUUUUUCAUUAGAAAUAAAACUUUUUUAUAUGAUUUAUUUAUACAGUACCGCAAAAAAAGUUCGAGUAGCAGUCGGAAGGGUGUUUAUUCCUUUGAUUUCCGAGGAUCGCCAAUUUUUAUCCAAUCCAACUAAGUGUCUUUUUGUGAUGGAAGCACCUUCACAAAUCCUUUAAAAAAAGUAUACCGCUAAUCCGACUACAUACGGAAAGAAAAACGGUCGAAAACGAGGACAGUCUGAAAUUCGGUCACGAUACACCAUGUUGUAACUGGUUUUCUAACUUUUAAACGAAUGUUUUUCUAACUUAUUUUCGUUUUUCCAAAUGUCAAAAUGUCUCUUUUAAUAAGAUAAGUUCAUUCAAAGUACUGGAAAAAUUUAUUCGCUCGAUUAACAUGAUGCAACCUAAAAAAAACGUCAUUUUUCCCUAUUUUCGAUAUAAAAUAUUUUUCAAACCUGGAAGAUAUGAAAGUAAAACCGUAGAAAACUUGAUAAAAAUGAUAUAAGAACAAAAAAACCACUCAUCAAAAAAAGAAAUUGAUCAAAAACCACCAAUGAAAGUCAAAAUUUCCAGGGGGUCCUAUCCUUAUUGAACGGUCGAAAAGCCGUUUUUUCGAUGGCAUUUUCGUAGGAAGAAUGCUAGGAUAAUGAAAGUUUGGCUCUGGGGGUUGUUUUGUACUCUGAAUCGAAUGGCACUUACAGAUUUUUGAUAUCUUUCCGUAUUUUGCCAGAAGGUCCGAAAUCUAGGGGGGUCCUAUCCUUAUUGAACGCAGUGUAUUACGCAAAAUCUCAAACUGCGCUGUGGUUUUGAUCGCUUUCGGUAUGGGACAUUACGACCGGAAGGUCCUAUAUGACACUUUAUUUUUAACUUUCAGCUCAAAAAAGUCUUUUUUUCUUCAUCUCGAAAUAUAUCGAGACGAGAUCGAAUUUAUUCCUGCAUCUCGAGACGAGACGAGACGAGAUCGUCAAUUUUUGACCGAGACGAGAUUUCGUCUCGAGAUAUCUCGAGAAAUCUCGAGAAAUCUCGAGACGAGAUUGUGUCUCGUGGGUGCUACGACAAGAGCGAGUUUUCCAUUUGCGGAGGGUAUUGUAUACGGAUAUACGCAGUGCGUGCAUACACCUUGCGUAUUUACACUUUCGUUGCGUGACGUCACCGGGUCGUACAUCUUCGGGUUUUUUUUCCGAGUGUUUUUUUCGACUGUUUGUCAACUUUUUUUUUGAAACUGCUUCUUAUCGUGCAAAUAUCAUCGAGAAAAAUGCAAAUCUUAAAAAAAUGCAGAAAAAAAUUGAGGAGUAUUCGAAACAAAAAACCCGUAGAUUUGCGACCCGGUGCAACGAAACGCAACAAAAGUGCAAACACGCAAAGUGUAUGCACGCAAUGCGCAUAUCCGCAUACAGUACUCCUCGCAAAUGGAAAAAGUCGCUCUUGUCGUCGCACCGUCUCGUGUAUCCCUGGUGUGUAGUACAUUUUUUUGUUAAAAAAAUUAUUUUUUUAAAACUACUGUUUAAAAAAACCGCUUCUCUUUCAAAUGUUCAUCAUAAUUUCUUUUUUGAUUUUUCGUAACGAAAUAUCAUCAUCGUUUUUUUCUGUUUCUCUGUGUUCACUGGUACUAAGAACAAAAAUUUCUACAAUGCUAUAUAGACUAUAACAAAUAAGUUCAAGAAAAAAAUGCAAAACUUUAAUUUGUCAGAAAAAAAUUAAAUAUUUUCACCUUUUCACUAGUACUCCGAAAACUUGCCCCGUGUGAGCGAUCUGUUUUGAAAAUCGAUCGCUCGGAAUUUCGAUCGAUCAAAAUUUUAUGCUCAAAAUAUUGGUCAAAAAAAUGAUUGAUCGAAAUGUUGUUUUGAAAAUAUUGGUUGAAAAAAUGAUCGAUCGAAAUGUUGUAUUGAAAAUAUUGGUCAAAAAAAUGAUUGAUCGAAAUGUUGUUUUGAAAAUAUUGGUCAAAAAAAUGAUUGAUCGAAAUGUUGUUUUGAAAAUAUUGGUCAAAAAAAUGAUUGAUCGAAAUGUUGUUUUGAAAAUAUUGUCGAAAAAUGAUCGAUCGAAAUGUUGUAUUGAAUAUAUCGGUCGAAAUAUCGAUAUAUCAAAACGUUAAAAUCUAAUGAUUGAUCAUUAAUGUAAGAGAUCAAAAACUGAUCUAAUAAACGAUCUCUCAAAAAAUGAAAUGUUAAAAUUUGGUUGAACAGUGACAUGUCAAUAGUUUGAUCAAUUGAAAUGGUUGAAUGAUCGGUUUGGUGAACUCUAGUGUGUACCAUAACGAGUAAACUUUGACCAAAUAUUUCAGAUUCCUCUAAAGUAACCUGGAGGCCAUAGUUGUUCGGCACUCAAGGAAGAUAGAAAGCAUUCAGCAGUAAAAUAUUUAGAAUAAAUGGAGUUCAAAAAAAAAGGUUUAAAGAGAAUAUAGCUCUUCUCGUUGUGUGAAAAACAUUUUUAAAAUAAUGGAAAGAAUAUUUUUGAAAAAAGUUCUCCUAAACAGGUUCACUACUGUUUCUCGUCACGUCCGAGCGCCGAUCUCAUGCGUUGCUGGUGAGUUGCGAAAAUUUCUACUUUUAACUUCUAAUCAAUAAAGCAACCCCUAUAGCCUGUAGGGAUCGAAAAAAGGAUACCUAUAGGGGUAAAAUCUGAGUGGUCGUUGUGGGGGUAGAGGGGCUUGACCCCUUAGCAUAUAAAGCUCGAGUGGACCCUAUAAGGGUCUUUCAAUUUCAUUCGAAAAUGCCUAUUUAUUCAACUUUUCCCAUGCUUCUUCGCUUAGAGUUCAUAACGAUUAUCGACUAACAUGUCCCCUAUAGGGGCCUUUAAGUGAAAACCCUAUAAGGAAGUGAUCCACAGAGGGGACGCUGCAAGGACCCCUAAGAUUUCCCCUAUAGACGCCCCUCUAGAGUUCCUAAGUUUGUUAUAUGUUCAUCAUCGGAUAAAAGAAACCCGAGAAAUAUCGAUUACACUAUUAAGUCGGUGAAUCUAGGAGAGAGUUUUUUUGGAUAUAAAGAAAAAAUAGCCAGUUUCCAAGAAAAUAAAGAUUUUGCGAUUUUCGUUUCUAGUGGCCUUAAUGAGCUACACAAAACUUUACAGCAAAAUUUUAAAAUUUGACUUGAAAUUUCAGUGCCUCCGAUGGAAAAACAUGGAAAAGGUUGUCCAAAUGGAUUCACGCUUCAUAAGCGUGGCACCGAGACCAUUUGCCACAUUUUUGUGAGAAGAUCAUACUGAUUAUCAAAUUUAAACGAAAAUUAUAGGUGAACACUCCAAAAUCAUGGUCACGAGCUCGCGAACACUGUGCCGAAACGUAUCUGGGAACCCUCUCCGCUUUCGCAUCAGAAGCCGAAAAGGACCUUCUAUAUCGUAAUAUUUUCUCUCAAAUUUUUUAAACUUUUUUGCGGUUAUAGAUAUAGCCAAGAGCUUGAUCGGUAAUGGGCAAGCGUGGUUGGGUGCACAGCGCAACGGCAAUUGCCAAUCGAACACAUAUUCUUCCGACUCUCGGAAUGUUUGCUACAGACCUUACGUAAGAAAGGAGCAAAGUUUGCUUCGAUUGAAAAAUUUCUUGAAGUUGUACAUCUGGACCGAUAAUGCAGCCCCCGACCAGACUAUCAUUGACAAGUACUGGUCUAGAAUCAAUCCCGACUGGGCGGGUCAGAGAGAAAACUGCCUCACUCUGACUUUUGGUACGGACAUUUGGCUUGAUCCGGGCGACGACAACUCUUUGAAUGACAUGGUGUGAGUGGAUUCACAAAAAAGUGUUCAUUUCACUUUGCGGUUGGGAGUUUCCUAAAAAUUCUUUUUUGUCCAGAAUAAGAACCUGGAUGUUUCCUCAACAUAUACAUGAAACUUCAAUUUCUCCAACACAAUUUGCAUUUUUUUCAGUUGCGACUACCAGCUUCCCUUUUUCUGCCAGAUUUUGUACCCUUCUUAUUAA